AGGUGUAAUAAUGUUUAUGCUCAAUCAAUCAAUCAAGCUCGCAUGAACGUGAGUGACUGUGACCAUGGUUUCGCUGCGUAGAUCGAGCCAAGUUCAACUUGAACUUUGAAGCCUGAAUAUAGUUUUGUUUUGGAGACGUGAAUAAGAAGAACGCGGAAGUCAUAACACCUGCACGAGCAAAUAAGUUUCAUUAUAAAAAUUGACGAUUCAAGAUGCCUUCGAUUUGGGUAACAAAUAUGGAGCCAGGCUGCAACCACAAACCUGCUCUGAAACCAGAGUUUGUGGAUUUCUACACCAAGUUGUUGCAGACCUUCCUCCAUCCUCUUGGGAAAAUAAACGCCAGCAAUGCAAACCCUCUGCAGUUGGCUGCACAUUUGCAAAAGGUUUUUAAUGUCCCAAAUGAGAUCCACGUUGAUAUGAUGCAAGAUGAACUGAGUAAUAAGCCCCCAGCGUGUAUGCUCAAAGUCACAGUGGUUGAGGCAAGGGACAUUCUUGGCAUGGAUGCAAAUGGAAUGAGUGAUCCCUACUGCCUCCUGACCGUAUGCAAGGAUGAGCACCACCACUCCCCAUCCCAUGAGAAGCACCCCCACCUCACCCACUGGAACUCCUUCCCAGAUGACCCCACGUGCCCUGCCCCCACGCCCCCAGUCCCCGGCUCCGAGAAGGUCUCCCGGAGGAACUCGGACGGCAGACGGAGCUUCAAGAAAGGAGGGAGGAAGAAAUCGGACGACGCCACGUCCAACUCUGUCGCCCACCAGUUCCAAAAGCAGAGAUCGGACACUCUAACGGUGACCAGCAGGCUGCACAAGCGCAAGAAUUCUGCGGACGGGAGCGGCAUUGCGUCACCUAGGUCUCCCGUACACAGCCAGUCAAUGGAGGCAGAGUGCGUCUUCAAGACAACCUGUCAGAAGGCCACGCUGCAUCCCGUGUGGAACGAAAGCUUUGACAUCCCGAUAUCAUCAAUACGAGACACGGAGCUGACUCUGACUAUGUGGGACAUGGACGAGGAGACCAAUCUCUGGCAGGCCUGGAAAAGUGUGGAGUCGGACCACAAAAUGGCAGGCAUUAAAAAUCUGUUUCGCCACAUCAAGCAUGGUAUCAACAAGAACACAGACGACUUCUUAGGCCAGGUCGUUAUUUCGCUAACCGACCUCCCAGCAGCAACCCGCGUGGAUCAGUGGUACACACUGCAGAUCAACUCUAAGGGAUCGGGACCGAGCCACGGGGGGAAGUGCCACAUGCGACUACAGUUUGUCCGGGAGGAGGAUUACUGCAAGGCAGGAAACUCCUCCAUGCUGACAUUCUAUCAUCAGUUGGCUUCAAACGUCUACAGAUACGAAGGCCAAAAAUAUAUCAGCGAAGCCAAAGGUCCCUGGGAUGGUAAGCUGCCUGACAUCAGCCGACACCUGCUGAACUGCUUCGCCAUACAACAGGGCAUCUCCAAACUCUCACAAACACUCAUAAAUCUCUCGUCCCUGUUGGAGUUUCACCACCACCAGAGCUCCCCGGCCUAUGACUUUCUGUCCUUCACAAGGCUGUCCAUCAACAGUUUAGGGAGAGACGAGGUGGACUCGGUGUCCGUCAACAGCCUGCCGGAGUCACUGGACAACAUCCAGAGGGCCGGGGAGGAGAAAGGACAGAAGGACGUCAAUAGCAAACCGGGAGAAGAAAAGGGCAAAGAAGAUUCCGAUGCCUCUUUGAUGGACCGUGCCCUACGUGAGGCCAUGUUCCACGUCCAUGCUGAAAUGAUUGCAGAAACCACCUUCUCCAUCUACAGCAACGAGGCCAAGGACGUCACUCAGAUCUACGCUGAGAACCCACAGUUUCUCUCAUACGAGCUUGAGGUGACGGAGUCAUCGAUAUCCACCUACAUUGACUACUGUAUGUCUCCUGUGGUGGACUGCCCGGCCCUCUUCCCUCCCUCCAACGUACAAGUCUUGGACAUUCUCAAGUCAAAAUGCAGAUUAAACAACAUCUCCAGCCUGCUACAGAUGAAGGUAUGGAAGGAUCGCAACUCAAUCCCCCACCAGCGAGUCCGUAAACUCUUGGAAGGGGCCAUAGAAUCCGACACGCGGAGGUGGCUCAGUAACAAGCUGGAAGAGCUACCCCAACCUGAGGGAUCACUGAAGCCAGCUGAUUUGCUGAAGUUGUUGGAUAGACUCGGGGAGGGGAUGGGCGACAUGAUGGCUGUACUCAGGCCAACCAAGGAAUACCAAAACUUCUUUAUGAGGUUCACCGUCGACUACAAUAAAGUAGUUGCCGGUGAGACGGAUCGUAUGAUCUCAGCCAGUCUGCGAGAUGUUCUGAACCAGCUCAACCAGUACCAGGUCCGCUAUCAGAAGUUUCCCGAAAACAUCGCCGAAUCCAGCAAGGCCAGCCUCAAGCUGUACAUGACUGUUAAGAAGAUGUACUCGGUGUUGAAAGCUAACAACCAUACAUGUGACGGUCUUGAGAUGACCAACUACCACACCUGGUUCCAGGAGGGCCUCAUCUUCUGGUUGGUCACCUUCAAGUACGAGACGUUUGACCGCGUCCGCAGAGCUCUGGAGAUGGAUAAGGAUGUUGCGCUGGUCCAUAGCGUGGUCAAGUACUCCAACUCGGCCGUCGAUGCCCAGUCCUGUUUUGCAAAGGUAACGGAGGAAUGGCAAAAGAUAGGCUUCGAAGGAGUAGACAGUCGGUGUAUGGCCAUCACCAAAAUUACAGAUCUGAUUUGUGAAGGUGCCAAGUUGUACGCCGCCUCGAUUCACAAGAAGUUGGAGGAAAACGGCUUCUAUCGCAGCAACAGUGGACAGUUUGACAUCAAAGACAAGCUGUGCAUCACCCUGAACAACAUCGAGCACGUCCGCGCCUACCUGGACAACCUCCCCGUCCUCUUGGACUGGGAGCAGACCGUCAACAGCCUGGCCAGCCACCACGACAACCUGGCGGCCGGCAAGCUGACCUACAGCACCCUGCAGCGGAUGACCACCAAGGCUAGCAGGGACAUCAUCAACAUGUCCGGCCUGCUGGAGAGGAAGAUUGCCGACAAGAUGUGCCAGGAGGUCAUCAAGGUCUUGGGGAAGGUGGUCAACCCUAGAGGGGAUGGUGGGGCCAAAGAGGAGCAUCUGGACGAGUUCUUCACAUACAUUGACCACAACCUGGAGACUCUGUACAAGCAACUGAUGCAACAGAUCUUCCCUCGCAUCGUUGAGGAGGUCUGGAAUGCCCUCUUGAGAGGGAUCAUCUCCCUUAUGCAAAUCGGCAAACAGCCUCAGUACUAUCAGGAGCUCAGAGAGAGUCUGGAAGCCCUAGAGAGCUACUUCCAGCGUCCGGGGCUGGCGUUGGACUCAGCCAAGAUCCAGGGCUACCAAUACUCCUUCCUCCUGAGCCAGCUGGACCUGAACUCCCUGAGCACCCAUGACCUGAUGCUGAGAUACUACAAGGAGAUGGCUACGGAUAUGGCCACGCCCGGGGAGUACUUUGGGCAUCUUGGCAUCAGGAUGGCGUGCAAGGAGGAGACGGGAGGCGAGAAGACAAUCCUCAUCAAAGUGUGCAAUGCAGUGGAUCUACCAGGCAUGGACAGGAGCGGCACCAGCGAUCCUUUUAUCAUCGUGGAGAUCCUACCAGAGACAGCCUUCGACAAGCCCCUGGUCCAACAGACCAGACAUGUACAGCACAACCUCAACCCUGUGUUUGAUGAAACAUUCCAAAUUCCCUCUGUCCCUCUGGAGCUGAUUGAGGCCGGCGGCGUCAUCAGCCUGACGGUCAUGGACUACGACGUUCUCUGGAGCAACGACUUCAUUGGAGAGGCCUUCAUUCCACUCCAGCAGGCUCGGCCAAUCAGCAUGAACCAAUCGGUGGACCACUGCCCGGUCAUCAUGAUGCCAGUGAAGCGCCCUCACGCUGCCAGCGGCGGUGCAUUCGAUAUCCUGAAAAACCGCUCCAAAUGGGACAAAAUCGCCCGUGCGUUUCACACGCGGCGACUGAAGGCGAUCGAGAACCAGAAACCAAGGACAGACAAGGGUACCAGCGGGCCGCCGUUGACCAAUGCGAGACUGGCUCCCUUCCUGAGGCAAACUUUAGUGAGACUCCAUAGUUACAUGUACAGUGUCCCAGCACUAACUACAGACAAGAGUUGAGUUCCAUAGAUCAGCUCAUUAGAGAGAGGAGCGUGGUGCCAGUUUUCAUAUAAAGUUUGCUUGGUGUCAUACACUCCAUAGGUUCCAUUUGGUGCUUAGUAAAUCUGCUUUGCUUAAUACCAAGCACGGUUUGCUUGCCGUUGGGAUACAUUACACCAUGAACUGUUUGUGAAGUUUGAUUACUAGUGUUCCUGUGCUCAACUACCCAGCAUGGGCGUCGC